UUUUAAAGCCGCGUGGUAAAAACAACUGACACGCACACACAAACGUAUGAAUAAAAAGACGUAGCAAGGCAAACGACUUUGUACUGUCAACAUAAUCUACUAUCAAAAACAUGCUGAUGAAUUCUAGAAUUAAAAUCUUAUAGACGUAUUAUUGGAUUUCACUCAUCAUUUUUUUGUGAAUAUUUUACACUAUUUAACUAAAAGAAGAUCAUAAAAAGAAGAUAUUCAUAGCAGUGACACUGACUAAAAUAUGCGGACAAAAUCAGAACUUUACUUACAAAUGGUCUACUUUUCAUGUUGUUUUCUAAUAUGGAUGUUAUUGGUCUGUCCGAUUGGUGUUACAGAAGCGCGCAGUAUAUCAGACGAAGAAUAUUUUCCUAUGUCUCUAGAAAAAAGAAAUUCAUGGUGGAGUAAAAAAUCUUUAGAAAACGUCCCCAAUUACCAAAACGGUUUAUCUUUGCAAGAUACUGACAUAGGAUGUGAAGCGGUUAUUGAUGUAUUCAAAUGUUAUUCCCAAUACUGUGUGCCUGACUUUGUAGCCUGUUCCAGAGAGUCAGACGAUAUCUAUGACAUGUGUAAAGUGGAACAUGAUUUAUGUGCAUCUAAAUGUUUUGACUCUGGUUCCGACCAAGUAAAGCGAUGAACUCUUAUUCAAUUUUUAUUUUGACUGUAAUGUAAAAAAGAAAUAAAUAUUGUAUAUUUUUAAAACGCUUA